GUAUACUGAGUGUUGUCUGGUAUCGACACUGUCGACACGUGGAUGGAUUUCAUUCAGCACUCCUCUUGGCGCUCCAGAAGAAGACAAAAUAUUCUCAUUAUCUCGCGUGGACCAUCAGAACACCAUCACCACCUUCCACACGUCACGCAGGACGCAUCCCUUUCCUCCUCCUCAUCCUCCUCCAGCCUCGUCUUCUUCCCUCUUUGUGUGUCGGAAUGGUCUAAUAAUCGAUCGAGAUGAUUUCCGUCGUGUCGACAGUGGAGAACCUUCCCCGAGACGCGGAGAGUCCUUCAGCCAACAUGUUUUCACGCUUCAAGAACAUGUUCAGCAGAGACCUGCUUGUGACGUUGGCUUUAGGUCAGGUACUGUCCUUGUUGAUCUGUGCCAUUGGCCUGACCAACAAGUACCUGGUUGAUGAUUUCCACGCGAAGACGCCAGUGUUCCAGAGCUUUCUCAACUACAUCCUACUAUUUCUGGUCUACACCACCACACUGGCAGUCAGGCAAGGGGAAGGCAACUUGUUGGCGAUCUUGAAGCAGCGCUGGUGGAAGUACAUGAUUCUAGGGUUUAUUGACAUCGAGGCCAACUACCUGAUACUAAAAGCUUACCAAUACACCACACUGUCCAGUGUACAGCUGUUAGACUGCUUUGUCAUCCCCGUGGUCUUGCUGCUUUCUUGUUUUUUUCUGCUGGUGAGGUAUAAGGCGGUCCAUAUUUUGGGCACGUUACUGUGUCUGCUGGGCAUUGGCUGCAUGGUGGGGGCUGACGUCCUUCUAGGCCGCCAGCAGGGCCUCGGUGAGCAAAAGUUGUUUGGUGAUAUUUUAGUUUUGGGGGGAGCAACACUGUUCGGGAUCUCAAACAUCUGUGAGGAGUUCAUAGUGAAGAAUAUGAGUCGCGUGGAGUUCCUGGGAAUGAUGGGUCUAUUUGGAUCAUUCUUCUGCGGAAUCCAACUGGCCAUCAUGGAGCACAAGGAGCUACUGAAGGUACGGUGGGACUGGCAGUUAGGUCUUCUCUACGUGGGCUUCAGUGUCUUCAUGUUCAGCCUGUACAGUUUAAUGCCACUAGUGAUGAAGAGAACCAGUGCCACCUCAGUCAACCUCUCUCUCCUCACGGCUGACCUGUACAGUCUCUUCUGUGGGCUCUUCCUCUUUCAUUACAAGUUCUCUUGCCUCUACUUGUUAUCGUUCUUCAUCAUCAUCCUGGGCCUUGUGGUUUAUUCGUCCGCAUCUCCCUACAUGGUCCAGGACCCUCGUGUCUACAAGCAAUUUAGGAACACAUUCAACCAGUCGGCCAGAGACCCACACCAGCCUAGUCAUAGAGUCAUGGAACCCGCUGUGACCUACACCAGCUUGGGCCUGGAGUCAGGAGAGGAGUCAAGUUUACGUGUCAUUUAAAAUGGCAAUGCUUUUAUUUUAUUAUUUUUUUUACUGUGAGAGCCAAGCUCUGUUUUCAUCCAAAGUUUUGCAUAAAGAUCCGCCUCCAGUCUGCUGAGCAGGAAAACCCUGUGAUCAUUGGCUAUAUGGGGGAUCCGGGUAUUGAGUGGCCUAAGAUUUAGCUCUGUGUCCCAAGUUAUCAACACAAUGUUUUUACUGUAAGAAUUAAGUGAGUCAGUGUUGUAAACCAGGACUAGCCACUAACCUAGUGAUUGUAAAUGAAUACAAAAGUAUAUACAGUGGAGAAAACAAGUAUUUUUAUACCAUGUUUUUCUAAGUUUACCCCUUACCCCUGCCUAUUAAGCAGUCCACUAUUUUUUAUUCUAGCGUUAUUAUAACUGAGUGAGACAUAAGGUCAAAUAAAUCCAGAAGAAAUACAUUGAAUAAAACUUAAAGGGGAACAUUAUCACAAUUUCAGAAGGGUUAAAACCAAUAAAAAUCAGUUCCCAGUGGCUUAUUUUAUUUUUCGAAGUUUUUUUCAAAAUUUGACCCAUCAUUGAAUAUCCCGAAAAAACUUUAAAGUGCCUGAUUUUUGCUAUAUGUGAAGCCACCGUCCAUUUUCCUGUGAUGUCAUCAAGCAAUGCCAAUACAAACAACGUGGCAGUUAGCACACCAAGAUAUAGCGACAUUAGCUCGGAUUCAGACUCGGAUUUCAGAGGUUUAAGUGAUUCAACAGAUUACGCAUGUAUUGAAACGGAUGGUUGGAGUAUGGAGGCAGAUAGCGAAAAUGAAAUUAAAGAAGAAACUGAAGCUAUUAAGCGAAUAGCUAUUGACGCUAUUCAGCGAUUGCCUUCUAACCAACGAUUGAGUGUCGCAGGAUAUCCAUACAUAUCUGUGCCAUGUCUGCCUUAGCAUCGCCGGUAAAAUGUGCAGACCAAACGAUCGGGACUUUCGCAUCGUGUGACACAGGAGCAACUUAAAUCCGUCGAUUGUGUGACACAGGAGCAACUUAAAUCCGUCGAUUGGUAAAUGUUUGUUUGGCAUUAAAUGUGGGUGCAGGGAAAGGCUGGAUGCAAAUAUAGCUACAAAUGUACAUAUAGCUAACCUAAAUAGCAUGUUACCAUCGAUUAGCUGGCAGUCAUGCCGUACCAAAUAUGUCUGAUUAGCACAUAAGUCAAUAACAUCAACAAAACUCACCUUUGUGAUUUCAUUGACUUUAUCGUGGAAAUGCAUCUGCAGGAUAUCCAUACAUCUCUGUGUCAUGUCUACCUUAGCAUCGCCGGUAAAAUGUGCAGAUCAAACGAUCAGGACUUUUGCAUCUUGUGACACUGGAGCAACUUAAAUCCGUCGAUUGGUAAGUGUUUGUUUGGCAUUAAAUGUGCGUGUACAUUAAAUUUGUGGCAUUAAAUUUGUAUGUACAAAUGUACAUAAAGCUAGCCUAAAUAGCAUGUUAGCAUCGAUUAGCAUGCCGUGCUAAUCAAUGCACACUCCACGUAAGUCAAAUAGAAUCUGUUCCUGAUCGUGUUGUUACACCCUCCGACAACACACCGACGAGGCAUGAUGUAUCCAAGGUACGGAACACAGUCGAAAAAACGGAAAAUAACAGAGCUGAUUUGACUUCGUGUUUGUUAUGUGUUUGAGAAAAUGGCGGAUUGACUACGUCAUCGCUCCAAUUGCGAAUAAUAGAAAGGCGUUUAAUUUGCCAAAAUUCACCCAUUUAGAGUUCGGAAAUCGGUUAAAAAAAAUACAUAAGUCUUUUUUCUGCAACAUCAAGGUAUAUAUUGACGCUUACAUAGGUCUGGUGAAAAUGUUCCCUUUUAAUAUGUAUUUGUUGGAGUCAAAUAAGUACAAAACCCGAAACCAGUGAAGUUGGAAAAUAAAAACAGAAUACAAUGACUUGCAAAUUAUUUUUUACUUAUAUUCAAUUGAAUAUGACUGCAAAGACAAGAUAUUUAAUGUUCGAACUGAGAAAACAUGUUUUUUUUGCAAAUUAUUAACUUAUAAUUUAAGGGCAACACAUUGCAAAAAUUUGGCACAGGGGCAUUUUUACCACUGUGUUACAUGGCCCUUCCUUUUAACAACACUCAGUAAACGUUUGGGAACUGAAGAGACCAAUUUUUGAAGCUUUUCAGGUGGAAUUAUUUCCCAUUCUUGCUUGAUGUACAGCUUGAAAGUUGUUCAACAGUCCGGGGUCUUUGUUGUCUUAUUUUAGGCUUCAUAAUGCGCCACACAUUUUCAAUGGGAGACAGGUCUGGACUACAGGCAGGCCAAUCGCAUACCUGCACUCUUUUAUUACAAAGCCACGCUGUUGUAAUACAUGAAGAAUGUGACUUGGCAUUGUCUUGCUGAAAUAAGCAGGGGUGUCCAUGAAAGGCAUUGCUUGGAUGGCAACAUAUGUUUCUUCAAAAUCUGUAUCUACCUUUUUUAGCAUUAAUGGUGCCUUCACAUAUGUGUAAGUUAUCCAUGCCUUGGCCACUAAUACACCCUAAUACCAUAAGAGAUGCUGACUUUUGAACUUUGCGUCUACAACAGUCCGGAUGGUUCUUUUCCUCUUUGGUCUGGAGGACAGUUUCCAAAAACAAUUUGAAAUGUGGACUCGCCAGACCAUCCAUCCAUCCAUUUUCUACCGCUCGUCCCUUUUGGGGUCACGGGAGGUGCUGGAGCCUAUCUCAGCUGCUUGCAGGCGGAAAGGCAGGGUACACCCUGGAAAAGUCGCCACCUCAUCACAGCUCGUCAGACCACAUAACGCUUUUCCACUUUGCAUCAAACCAUCUUAGAUGAGCAAAGCCGGCAGCGGUUCUAGGUGUUGUUGAUAAAUGGCUUUCGCUUUGCGUUGUAGAGUUUUAACUUGCACUUACAGAUGUAGUGACGAACUGUAGUUACCGACAGUGGUUUUCUGAAGUGUUCUUGAGGCCAUGUGGUGAUAUCCUGUACACACUGAUGUCGCUUUUAGAUGCAGUAACGUCUGAUGGAUCGAAGGUCACGGGCAUUGCGCUUACGUGCAGUGAUUUCUCCAGAUUCUCUGAACUUUUUGCUAAUCUUAUGGAACGUAGAUGGUGAAAUCCCUAAAUUCCUUAUAAUAGCUCGUUGAGAAAAGUUGUUCUUUAACUGUUGGACAAUUUGCUCACGCACUUGUUCACAAAGUGGUGACUCUUGCCCCAUCCUUGUUUGUGAAUGACUGAGCAUUUAAUGGAAUCUGCUUUUGUACCCAAUCAUAGCACCCACCUGUUUCGAAUUAGCUUGUUCACCCGUGGGAUGUUCCAAAGAAGUGUUUGAUGAUCAUUCUUCAACUUUCUCAGUCUUUUUGCCACUUGUGCCAGCUUUUUUGAAACAUGUUGCAGGCGUCAAAUUCCAAAUGAGCUAAUAUUUGCAAAAAAUAACAACGUUUACCAGUUCGAACGUUAAAUAUCUUGUCUUUGCAGUCUAUUCAAUUGAAUAUAGGCUGAAUAGGAUUUGCAAAUCAUUGUAUUUUGUUUUUAUUUACAAUUUACACAACAUGCCAACUUCACUGGUUUUGGGUUUUGUAUUUGAUCCCCUACCAGCCAGCAAACUUUUUGACCCUACACAGGAUCUGUAUAUUUAUAAAACACACUAACGAAUCCUGUACUCCUAGUCUUAAUUCAUGAUCUGUAGAUAAUACACAGAAACACUCUUCAUUCAAACCUCUCGGCAUGACCAAAGAGCUGUCCUCAGGGCAGGGUUGUAGACCUGUGCAAGACUAGAAUUGACUACAAAAGAGCGUUAACAAGAAGCUCGACCGCAGAGCCCGCAAGGUCCCACUGAAGUUUGACAAUCAACACCUGAAUGACUCACAGAAGAGUGUGGUCACAUGGCGGCAAAGUGGAAGUGUUUGUUAUCAAGUGGACUGGACAUGUUUGUUUGCAGAGAAUUGCUGAAUAUUAAUCCAACAACAACAUCAUUACUGUCAAACACUAAAAUGCAAAUAUUCUACUUUGUAAUGUUUUUCUCACCCAAAACCCUCGUGACAUGUUUGCAACGCUGCUGACCAACUACAAAAAAGUACAAUAACCUGUUACCACAUGCACUACAGCAACAAUACAUUAUUGGUUCAAGAAACUACAAUUCACAACUACAAUUACUAGAAACUUCUAACAUGGAUUUAAAAAAAAACAACAUUUUUAAAUUUUUAUGUCAUGUUUGUUUUGUAGAAUUUUUUCUGUUCAAAUAAAACUACAUAUUGAAAUCAUGUACUCUUCUUAUCUUCGUAAAGGGUAAACUUAACUUACAUUUAAGGGAAUCACAUUUUUAUUAUCCACACUGAAUAUGGUACAGUAAUUUUAUAUUUCGUUUUAUCUCUCUCCAGACUAUUUGGGCCGUGAGCUUGUUAUUAUAUGAAAUAUUUAAAUGGAUCCUUGAUGUGUUUUUAUUUUGUCACUGGCUGAAAUAUUACAUUACAUACAAAAGUAAUCAAUUAUUGAAGACAUGAACUACUUACUUCUACGAAGAAGAAUCCUUCCACGGACAUUGCAUUCAUUCAUUUUAACUUGAUAUUUUGGUUGUGUGAACAUAAAUACAAAACCCAAAACCAGUGACGUUGGCACACUGUUUAAAUCGUAAAU